AUGCAUCAAAUUUCAAAAGAAGAACAACAACAAACUGGAACUGCUAUGUUAGAUGAAUAUUGUCGACAUUAUUCAGAUUUCAACAAAAUAUUGAAUAUUUAUAUAAAAAAUUUUUAUCCUCAACUUCAUUUUGAAUUUGAACAACUUCUUGAUGCUUCAUACAAUAUAUGGCAUCGUUUAACUGAUGAUAAAAAAAUUUCAUUAUCUAAUUUUCUUGAAGAAAUAAGUCAAGAAAGUAAUCAUGUACGUAUUGAUUUCAAGAAAAAAACAAAAACAAAAACAUGUAAAAACUUGUUUUUUUGA